CAGUAUUGAAGUGAACGUACGCGACGCGCCUGCGCAGCGCAAAAAAUGUUUAAAAAUAGAACGAUUUAAAAAUCUCAUUCCACAAGAAGUGUCAAUCGUGUUCCAUUUUCAAAAUUAUGAAUAUUGUUUGUUAAACAUUGUGUGAAACAGAGAAGAAAUGAUCGCGUUUAGUAAAGUUGGAGUGAGACAGUUGGUAAGGUGGAAGGAGUACGGAUGUGAACGGAUCAAGUACCAUUCUGGAGCGGGAGUGUUCGGGCAUCGACCGCGAGCUGUCAACGAUGCCGAUAUACCAGAAAGCCUUAUUGUGAAAAGGUACGAGAACUGUCGGGCGCAGCAACUAGUCAACGCUUAUCGGACAUACGGCCAUCUGAAAGCUACCAUUGAUAAUGUAGAUUACAGAAAUGAUAAUAGAAAAAUAAAAGAAUUGGAUCCGUCAAGAUACGGAUUGAAUCCACAGGAUUCCGUUGAUGUUGGGUUGCUGUAUGGAUAUGACAACAAACAGACGGCUCAGCAACUUGUUGAGCAACUGGAAAGCAUCUAUUGUGGAAAUAUCUCAUAUGAAUUUUCAUAUUUAGAGACAGAAGCAGAAAGAGAAUGGUUUGCUCAACGGAUCGAAGCAAGCUCAGAUCCUAUUGGUGAUGGGAGAAGAAUUGAAAUUCUAAAGGAACUUCUACAUUCACAAGCAUGGGACAAGUUCCUAAGUGUAAAGUAUCCAACAGUAAAGCGAUACUGUGGAGAAGGCGCAGAAUCUCUUCUAACAUUCUUUUCAACAUUAUUUGGAUUAACAACUUCAGAAGGAGUGCAACAAGUAGUCCUCGGUAUGGCACACAGAGGCAAACUAAACGUAUUAAGCGGCUUGCUGAAAUGUCCACCUGUGAAGAUAUUCCAUAAGUUCACCGGCAAACCGGAGUUCCCGGACGAAGCGAACGCUGCCUGCGAUAUCUCAACACAUCUGAGUGCAUCCGCUGAUAUAACAAUAAAUAACAAGACAGUAAGAUUUUCUCUCCUCAACAACCCAUCACAUUUGGAGGCCGCGAAUCCUGUAUCUAUGGGGAAGACAAGAUCAAAGCAAUUGAAAUUAAAAGAAGGUGAUUACUCUGAAGAUGGACUAUCUAGAAUGGGGGAUAAAGUUCUCAAUGUUCAGAUCCACGGUGAUGCCGCUUUUACAGGCCAAGGUAUAAACCAGGAAACCUUGAUGCUCUCGCAAGCUCCGCAUUUCGAUGUCGGUGGAUCAUUGCACGUCGUUGUCAACAAUCAAGUCGGGUUCACGUUGCCGGCGGAGCGCGGUCGCUCGUGUCGCUACGUGACGGAUUUAGCGAAAGCCAUCUCUGUACCAGUGAUACAUGUAAACGGAGACCAUCCCGAGCUAGUCGUAAAAGCAACGAACAUUGCGUUUGAAUAUCAGAGACGGUUUCGCAAAGACGUCUUCAUUGACUACAACUGCUUCCGACGAUGGGGACACAACGAGCUUGAUGACCCUACAUUCACCAAUCCACUGCUUUACAAACUUAUUCAUAGUAGAAAGUCGAUACCGGAUCUGUACGCCGCGAGGCUUGUUUCAGAAGAUUUGCUAAAUCAAAACGAAGUGGAUAAGAUUUCCGCGGACUACACCAAGUAUUUACAAUCUCAAUUCGAAGCUGUUAAUUCCUAUACCCCUGAGGUAACAUAUUACCAGGAGCAAUGGUCGGGUAUUUCAUCAGCCCCUAAAGCUGUAGAAACUUGGGACACAGGUGUUAACAAGGAAUUGUUAAAACAAGUCGGAAUCGCUUCUGUUACUGCCCCAAGUGAUUUUAACGUACAUUCUCAUUUAGCAAAAACCCACAUCAGGAAUCGUUUGAACAAGAUAUCCGAAGGAAGGGAGAUUGAUUGGGCUACAGCCGAAGCCUUAGCGUUUGGAUCUCUACUAAUGGAGGGUCGUCACGUACGACUGUGCGGGGAGGAUGUAGGCCGAGGCACCUUCUCCCAUAGACACGCCAUGCUCGUCGACCAACAGACGGAGAAUAUACACAUACCUCUCAAUCAUAUACAUAAAGACCAGAAAGGAUUCCUAGAGGUCGUGAAUUCAAUUCUAUCGGAGGAAGCUGUCCUGGGCUUUGAAUACGGCAUGGCGUACGAUUCGCCUGAUAACUUGUGUAUAUGGGAAGCUCAAUUCGGUGAUUUCUACAACGGCGCGCAAAUCAUUGUUGAUACGUACAUCGCUUCUGGUGAAGCGAAAUGGGUGAGAAGCAACGGCUUAGUGAUGCUUCUUCCGCAUGGAUAUGACGGCGCGGCUUCCGAGCACUCCUCCUGCAGGGUUGAGAGGUUCCUACAGCUCACUGACAGCAAGGAGACGGCACCGGACUCGGAAGCAGUUUGUAUGCAUGUGGUCAACCCGACCACGCCUGCACAGUACUUCCAUUUGUUGAGAAGACAGGUCAUUCGUAACUAUAGAAAGCCACUAAUCGUCGUAGCUCCUAAAGUUUUGCUGCGAUUGGCGGACGCUGUCUCUCCCCUGUCAGACUUCGUGCCGGGGACGCAUUUCAAACCUGUCAUCGGUGACACUUUAGCUGACCCAUUAAAAGUUAAACGUAUAAUAUUAGUCAGUGGAAAACAUUACUACGAGCUGAACAAAGAAAGGAUUAAAGGGAACAUAGAAGACGUGGCUAUAUUAAGAGUGGAAUCUCUUAGUCCAUUCCCCCUUUACGCAUUACAAAAAGAACUUGAGAAAUAUUCAAAUGCUAGAAGAUAUAUCUGGAGUCAAGAAGAGCAUAGAAAUAUGGGAGCUUGGACAUUCGUUAAACCUCGUUUUGAAAAUCUACUCGGAAGAAAGUUGAUGUACGCGGGAAGGGCCGAGGCGGCUACUCCAGCGGUUGGCGCUGGUACACUACAUCGCGUAGAAGUGGAACACGUGUUGAAAGAACCGCUGUAUAACAUAAAAUAACAUCAACUAUGUCACUUAAUAUUUGUAUAAAGAUUUAACAAAACAA